GCGGGUCUGAUGGCUCCCGGCUCUAUGACUGUGUGUGGAGGUACAACUCAAGUGUGAACGAGUGGACAGAGGUGGCACCCAUGCUGAAGGCCCGAGAGUACCACAGCUCCUCUGUGCUGGAUGGACUGCUCUAUGUGGUAGCUGCUGACAGCACAGAACGCUAUGACCACACCACCGACUCCUGGGAGGCCCUGCAGCCUAUGACUUACCCCAUGGACAAUUGCUCCACCACUGCCUGCCGCGGCCGGCUGUAUGCCAUCGGCUCGCUGGCCGGCAAGGAGACCAUGGUGAUGCAGUGUUACCACCCAGACACAGACCUGUGGUCGCUGGUGGACUGUGGCCAGCUCCCCCCCUGGUCCUUUGCACCCAAGACUGUGACUCUGAAUGGACUCAUGUACUUUGUCAGGGACGACUCUGCGGAGGUGGACGUGUAUAACCCCACAAAGAAUGAAUGGGACAAGAUCCCAGCGAUGAAUCAGGUGCAUGUAGGGGGCAGCCUGGCUGUCCUAGGAGGGAAGCUGUACGUGUCAGGAGGAUAUGACAAUACGUUUGAACUUUCGGACGUGGUGGAGGCCUAUGACCCCGAGACCCGGGCUUGGAGUGUGGUAGGGAGGCUCCCAGAGCCCACCUUCUGGCAUGGCAGCGUCAGCAUCUUCCGACAGUUCAUGCCACAGACUGCUGUGGGCGGGCGUGGCUUUGAGCUGGACAGGGGCAGCAAUGAUGUGGACGCAGGCCGACACCGGCCACCACAGAACCCUGACGAGCUGCACUAGCCCCGGCCUGGCCCAGGGAGGGCCUUGGUGCCGGGAACCCAGCACCUGCGGGGGAGUGACCCCCUCCUUCAUGUCCAGGACAUGUGGGGUGACAGGCAGAGCUCUGGGGUGCUGAGUGAGACCCAGGAUCUGUCAUGUGGAAGGUUUCUGUACAAUUCAAGCCAAACCACAACUUCUGGAGCCAAAGCUGGUUGUAAGUGCCCCUCUCCUGGUCAAAGAAGAGCUGUUUCCCUGCCAGCAUGUGCCUCUGGCUUCCAGAGGUCACCCUCAACUUGUGGCACCAGCUCGCCCAGGCAGCACACCUUCCUGCUGCUACCACCUAUACCUGUUCACUCCCACCAUGGGAGCAGAGGGUAAGGGUCCUCCUGUGAGAGUCUGAGUGGCCUGGAGCAUCAGGGACCAAGCAGACAAUGGCUGCAGUGGAGUCCUAAACCCCAUGUCCAUCCAGUGUGGGGUGUCUGCUUGCCUAGCUUCUUGUCUCUGCUGGGGUCUUGCCAGACAGUGCUGGGACAAGCUGAGUGUCAGGUAGGAGGGAUCCCAAGGUCCCAGUGAGUUUUGUGUUUCCAGAGGACAUGGCCAUGGCAAAUGCUGGAUCUCUCCAUUCUACCAAGCCAGUAUGUCCUCACCCAGCAAGGAGACCUUCCCUAGGACCUUGUUCCAAGUGGGCGGAGGAGAGGGCAACAACUGCAGAGCAAGGUUCCAGUUCCUUGCUGGGAGUCUCAGUGGCGCCCUGCCAGGCAGACAGCUGCUGGGCCUGGAGUGAAGGAUUCUUCUAAAGGAAGGCCUGGUGGCCAUGACUGCAGGUUGGUUCCAUGUUGGAAAUGCUUGCAGUCUGACCUUUAAAAGACGGGGUAAGGGGCCUGGGGUGUGAGACAGGUGGGCUUUGCCUGACUUUCAGAGCCCAGUGGGGCUGACCUGGACCCAAGGAGCUCAGACCUGAUGAGGUGGAAUUUGCAGUGUGGGGAGUGCCUGGUUUUCUCACAGAAGCAUGAGCUUUUCACAGGUUGGGGGUUCAGGUCCUUCAAGGUACCCUAAGUGGCCUCUCCGAAUUUAUCAUCCUCUCCCUUUUCAGGAAGAGGGCAUUAGGACUGUUGUUUGCUUGCUCAGGUAAAAUGAAAGCAAAUGUUUGGAGUUGCCUUGUCCUAGUAAGCCAACUAGCACAGGCUGAGUUCUCACCAGGAACAUAACGGUCUCUACGCCAUCACUUAAGUUGUAUCUAAAACCCUCUUGGCUAGAUGGCAGGGGUUGUUGCCUUAAUUUGCCAGGCAGACAGCCUUGCUUGCCUGUGCCUUUGUUCAGUGUCAGGCACUGCAGAUGUCAUCACAUUAGAAAACUGUUCUAGAACACAGCUGGUGCCAGGCGCUGGGGAAAGGCUGGGGGUGAAGGGGCACCAUCUGCUUUGGUCUCCUGGGGUGAGCGUGUGCAUUGAUGCCCCAGACACCGCAGCUUACUUUGUACCCAGGCCUGUCUCCAGGUACAGACAGCCCAGUCCUCCCCUCACCCUUCCUUUCCUUGGCCACGUGAACUCCCUCAGGGAGCUCCCCUGCCCCUAGAAAAGUGCCUCCCACACUGUCACCUAACUUUAUGGAGCGCUGCUGAGGCCAUGGUGGGAAAGGAAGGUAUCAGUGCACUAUAGGAUGGCUUGUCUCUCACCAGCAGUUGGGGCUUAGUGGGGUGGGACUCUGAACUCGGGGCCAGAGAAAAUACCCUAUCUAGUCUGCUUAGGGACAUGUCAGGUCGUCCCUGAGGCAGGCUGGAGAUCUCCCAGAAGUAGUUCUGGAUUCCUGCUCUCUACUGCUUCACUGUAACCUGCAGCUAGGUUACCCCACUAUCGUGGUGGCCACUCACAUGGGGGCCUGUGCAGGAGAGAUGGGCUUGUGUUUGCAUUCCUCUGCAUGUGUGCUCCAGAGCUAUCCAGGCCUCCACCCCUAGGACCCCAUCUUUGGGUUUAAAAGACUAAGGAUAGAGAGGAGCAGAGGCUAGCCUCAACCACAGCAGGUCCCUCCGGCCUGUAGACACAGCUGGGAUUCUAGGAUGAAGCCACUCUGUUCUGGCCUCCUCUUUGCCAUGGAUUCUGAGCUGCAUCAUCCCCACCACUUACAGAGGUCUCUAUGGUGACUCUGGAACAGAGAACAGAUGCCAGGCCACUUGGGGAUAGGACACUCUACGUGGCACCUGUACAGAACUCUUACCUGUCAGGACAAUUAAGUUAUGAAGAUUCAGUAAAUAGUAUUUAAUGCCGGUCUAUAAGGUACUCUAUAUUUAUGACUGCAGAGACUGUGUAUGAAGGGCACCUCCCUCCCAUGUCCAGCAUCUAGUCAUACCACAGGGUGGGGCAGGUUUGGGAUUUUUGUCUAUUCUGUAGGCUUACAUGUCCAGAAUCCUGUCUUAAGUUUUAAGAUGCCUUCAAUACUUUUUGAAAUAAAAAUACUUCCUAUGCAUUUAGUGUCAUUGCCCCUAUCCUUCUGCUGCUGUCUUCUGGGAAUCUUUGUGCGGAGGCCAGCAUUUUUUGGGUAACAGGAGCAGAGCGGGGAGUCGUGGUGUGGACAGGUUUGAGCCUAGGGUCUGAGGGGGCUGGUGUUUUACAAAGGCAGAGUGGUAAAUUGCUGUCUGCUGUGGGUUGGAUCUUGGACCUGGGGAGGUAGGGCCUUUCAGAUAAAGGCGGAUCCCCAAACAGGCCAUAAGUUCCCAUGAGCAAUCAAGCUCGGACUAUUUCUCACACCUGCAGAACCUGUCAACCUGAGGAGAGGCUGGUUCCUGGGCUAGACGGGGGAAAACAGGCUAACUUUUGGGUAGUGGUUUUGCAGUCCUGGGGGGUAGAACCCAUGGCCUCACAUAAAUGCUAAGUGAGCGCUCUACCACUGAGUCACACUCCAACUUGAGUUUCCCUUUUACUUUUUGGUGGUACUGGGGUUUGAACUCAGGGCCUCAAGCUUGCUAGGCACUACUCUAACCUCUUGAGCCACCCCGAAAGCCUUUUUUUGUGAUAGGUUUUCUCGACAGCAGGUUUUGCAAACUAUUUGCCCAGGCUGGCUUCAAAACUCAAUCCUCCUAAUCUCUGCCUCCUGAGUAGCUAGGAUUGCAGGCGUGAGCCACUGAUGCCUGGCAGUCUCCCUUUUUAAUUUCCUUUCCAAAACACCUGAAACUGCUCAUUACCUAUUAGGAAAGUAAGUCAAACCUGGGGUGGCAAUUACUGUACUUGAAUACCAUCUUUACUUCUGAGCUCCCAAUGGUCAAGGAAUAAAAGGAAAGAUGGGUAGAUGGAUCUGAGUCUAAAACAUUUUCCUGGCCUCCAACCCUAGAAGGAAUUUAGCACUGGUGGCAAGGCAGCAUAGCCUUGCAGGGAUCCCUCUAGGAUAAGAUUUUAAGCAGGACCUAACUCUGAAGACAGUGGGGUUGUGACUAGCAUUAGCACUGAUCGAACCUACUCUUUGUGGGGCAGUUUCAAACUGUCCGAAGGUUCUUUGACAUCCCUCUUAACCUGGGGAGUGGCGUGUGACAAUCUCAACCAACAGGAUAGGCAGAGGUAAAGCCACGUGACUUCCAGGGGGAGGUCAUAAAAAGCCCUUGUAGCUUGGGCCUUCAGGAUAUUUACUUUUGGAAUUCAGCCACCAUGCUGUGAAGAAGCUCCAACAACCCACCCCAAACAAGCUUGCCCGGCAUGUGAGUAAGUCAUCCUGAGAACAGAUCCCUAGGCCCUAAUUUUGUAGUAGUUUAUGACCCACUGAGCUUUCUCAUUUAAUCCUUUGUGAAGCAUGCACAGAGCAUGCUGCUAAUUCCAUUAAAAGGCAGAGAUGAGUCAGAUGCCAGUGGCUCACGCCUGUAAUCCUCGCUACUCAUCAGGCAGAGAUCAGGAGGAUCACAGUUUGAAG